CAGAGUCGAGGUGUCAGUCGAGAGCCAUUUCAGUUUCAGAAUGCAUAACUCUUUUGCCCUCAUGAUAGUACACCUCAACCAUUCUAAUAAUUCAGUUUCUGUGGAUUCAAGUCGAUAUCUCUUUACUACCAACGAUUGCCUUAUUGUUUCACGAGCAAGAUCCAACUCCCAAUCCCCAAUAUGACUACUUUUAUUCCUACCCUCACUCUUCCCCGUGCGGUCUUCGACCAUCCUGCAUCCUCGAUCUUGUUGCCAGUUUCCUUGGGCAUGGCAGUCGGCUAUUUGUCAAGCAGGUCCAACCAAAAACAGACGUACGCCCGAGUCAAGAAUCCGCCUUACAGCCCCCCGUCCUUCGUCUUUGCCCCCGUUUGGACGGUGCUAUAUGGCGUGAUGGGCUACGCAGCGUACCGCGCCGUGAGCGCUGGCCUUAGUCUCAGCGCAACCAGCGAGCAAUCCGACCUAGCCCGCCAAGGCGCGACACUCUAUACGUUACAGCUGGCCCUGAACUUAGUCUGGACCCCUCUCUUCUUCGUCCUCAGGCGCCCUGUCGAGGCUCUCGUUGACAUCGUGGCCCUCCUGGGUUUGAAUGCCUAUCUCGCCUACACCUGGGGCCAAGUGGACCGCAUUUCUGGCCUGCUGCUGCUUCCCUACCUGGGAUGGCUUGGGUUCGCAACCUACCUCUGUGCCGGUACGGGGUAUCUUAAUGGAUGGGACAUCAGCGACAAGGCCAUUGAAGGUGAAGGAAAGGGGAAGGGGAAAGCGAAGGAACAGUAGAAUGUCCGGUCGAUGGAGUUGCGAUAUCCCGAGUGCUCACAUGUGUCUCUACAGUACAAGGGAAAGGGGUUGAGCCAUCGAGGGUAAGCUUGUUGAAGACGGAUGGUUCACUUUGGUCGAAUGCAUCUCAGUCAUGACAUGGUGAGAUGCACUAUGAAAGUGACAAGAAUGAAGCCAUUCGUGUACCUAUAUUUUUGUGCAAAUGCCAUCAGAUUCUAUAAUCACCUUGC